GCAUUUUUUCUUCUCCGAAAAAUUUAUAAGAAAUUUUCAAAAAUUAUAUAUACUUUUGUUGAAAUUUUCUGAAAAUUUUCAUCAUUUUAAUAUAAAAGUUGAUUAGAUAUUCUGAAAAUUAACAAAACUAUGAUAAAUUUAAAAGUGAAAACUUUAGAUUCACAGACGUACGAUUUCACCGUUGAUAAUGAGACUACCGUUCGACAGUUCAAGGAAACCAUAGCGGAAAAAACAAAAAUUUCUGCAGAUUUACAGCGAAUAAUUUAUUGCGGCAGAGUUCUUGUGGAUGAAAAACCACUAAAAGACUAUGAUGUAAAUGGGAAAGUAGUUCACGUAGUAGAAAGGCCACCACCGUCAACCCGUACUCUAGCUGGUUCGAGUACAACAAAUGAAAAUACACGUCGGCGUAAUGGAACACAAAUUCGUGGAACACCCAUUUUUAGGGGUUUGGAUGGUAUGGUUGUCGGUACCAUGAGCAUUCCUAUGAACGGGCAAAGUCAAGGAAAUAUUCCAACAUUAAAUCCGUCAUCAUUUUGCAUGAACCGCAUUACUGUAGCACGUCAUAUGUUGGAUUGUGUCAAUAAUAUUAUUUCAUAUUUAGAGCAUCCAGAAAGAGGCCUUAAUAAUUCGACAUUGGACAUUCUUACUCAAGGGCGUUUCACUAUGGAAUCAACGGUGGUUGAAGUUGGAAUUUCAUCAGCGUCUAAUAUAGACUUAACACAAAAUCAAACUCAAAAUUUUAUGGACGUUUUUCGAGGAGCAUUAUCUGCGGCUUUACGUCAAGAUCGUCAUCAAAACGUCACAGUUUUACAAUAUCCAAAUGUAUUCAAUUCUGACGGUACUCCUGUAACUAAUCCUGCAGCAAAUGCAACAAUUUCAUUAGAGAAUUCAUUAGAUCAAUCACAGCCUGAAGCUAAUACGGAACCUACCGGUUCAGAUGAACAAGUCAAUGAAAAUGCUACAACAUCUGAGCAAACCGCAACUCAAACUAAUAAUGAAACACCUUCUACUACUUCUGCUAAUGCAGAACCUGCUACUUCUGCUAACGAUACAUCUAAUAAUGAUACACCUAAUCGAUCAAAUACAAAUCGCAGAUCACCAUCUCAGCAAAGAACAAGAACCCGUGCUCUCGCUGAAAUUGUAGAGCAAAUGAGAUCAGUGCAAACAAGACUAGAACCCUAUGUUCAACAAUACUAUGAGAUGUUGGAUAGUGAACCAAUAUUCGAUGAAAAUGACACCACGGAGCGUGAAAAUGCCCAAAGAAUUUUCGAUCGAGUUUCGGAAGCUUUACACUAUAUGUCUCAUGCUUUACAUGCUAUAUCGGAUUUAAUGUUAGAUUUGUCACAAAGUGCUCCCCGAUACUUAUCGUGCAGACCAAUUUUGGUUGAACAAAGCGGAUUUGUCAGCUCAAAUAACUAUUUGGCUCCGUUUAUGCAACCCUCAAAUGAAGGCGGGAUUUCAGUUCAUCUUCCGACAAAUAAUAACAAUUCCGCACAACAAAAUGUUUCACAAAAUCAAUCAAGCCAAGGUUCAACAUUGUCCCCACCAGGAGUUGGUACCAAUGGUAACGGCGGGGGUGGUAGGUCAACAACGACUGUUACUCCAGAAAAUUCGUCAAAUGCGAGCAGUGCAACAACUCCAAUAGCCGGUGAUGAGCAACCAAUUGCUGAAAUUGUUUUAAAUAUGCCGGGAAGAGUUAUAAUUCCUACAAACCCUCAAUUGCAAGUUGCUCGUUUGAUUCAAGCUGUAGUCAAUUCAGCUCCAAUGGAUGCAGAUUUGCAUGUUCAAAUAAAUGCCCCAAAUCUUCUUUCUGUUGGAAUACCGAUUGGAGCCGCUGUCGGGCCUGGGGGACCUUUUUCAGCUAUAACAAUACCUGUCGGCAAUCAACAAAGUGCAAACAAUGGUCAAUCCUCAACCCAACCAAAUAUUCCAAUUUCAUUGACAUCAGCUUCCAAUUCUGCUAACUCUUCAACGAACGCUACGGAAACAGAAAAUAAUAACCAAGAACAACCUCGUGUCACAACUGCUACGCAUCCAACUACAUCAACUCAAACACGUUCAACUCCAAGACCACAGGUACAUGUUGCAAAUAUGCCAUCUAGUUGGAGUUACCGAGAUAUCCCGGAAAAUAUGUUUUCAUCUUUUGACAGAUUUUUGCCAUGUAGCAGUCAUCAUAUUCGUGAUUCUGAACAAAAUUCUAACACGACUGAAUCCACUAAUGAGAGUGGACCAUCAGCUAUGCCAAACCUUGUUAUUCCAAAUAUUUUGUACCGAACUCGACCUCAAGUAAGGCGUCGCAGAGCAAAUAUUUUCAGCCCAGCUGUGAGAAAUCCUGCGGGUACAGUUGGCAGCAACGAUACAUCCCAAUCUGCUUCAAAUGAGAUAAAUGAUAAUAAUAAUUCGACAAAUCGGCCCGCUCAAAACUCAGGAACCCCUAACAAUAGAAAUCCAAAUGUAGCCGAUGAAAUACAAAGUCUUUCUAAUGAAGAAUUAAAUAUUCCAAUGAGUAUUUUUGGCAGUAAUCUUACUUUACGAGAUUUCAUUGAGAUAGCUCCAAGUCCAAACUUACUUAAUAGAAUUCGUGGUGAAUUACUAACAUGUAUUAUUAACAACUUGUUUGCUGGCUCAACAAUUACUGAAGAAAAUAUGACAAAUGCAAUUAACACAUUUAUACAAAUGUUAAAUGAUGUACUAAUGUUUUUACCCCAAUUUGAUUUACCAGAUUAUGACGCACGUGCUUCUGUUGAAAAUUUUUUAAGAAAUCGUAUCCCAUUUAUUAUAAAUUUAAUACACGAAGAUUCAUCUGAUGAUUUUGGCACCAGAUUUCUUAGAGAAUUAAUUCAGUUUGUACAACGUUUAUUAAUGAUUUUAGUUACAUGUGUUGGAAGAAAUAACGCUGAAAUUUAUUUAAAUCAAAUAUCACAAAUGGCUAUAUUAUCAGAAAUAGCUGAAGAACAAGAACCACGUAGAACCCUUCACCGUCAUUUAAUGUCAGCAAUAACUCGGCAAUUGGACUUAACUGCUCAAAAUUCAGGCGAAAUACAGCAAUAUUUAGUAAUUAGAAGGCCUGCACCUGAGAAUGGUCAAAUAAUUGCACCAAACAUAACGGUUGUACCAAUGGAAAUUGAUGCUUUACCGGUUACAAAUAAUAAUAAUAACAUUAAUAACAAUAAUAAUACUUCAACUUUACCAGCAAAUCCGCUAUUAGAAAUUUCGGGAUUAACCCUUCCAAAUCCAAGUCAAAGACCUAUUGAUGACCCACUUCCAACAGUUACAGUUGGCAGUGAACAGUGGCAUAAUAAUUUUCCAGCUUCAUGGUUACCAAUUAUGACAAGAGAUACAGAACGUCAAAGAAGACAGGCAAUUCAGGCCCCUUUUUCAGAUGCUUAUAUAUCAGGUAUGUCUGCUAAAAGACGGAAAUUAAUAUCAAAUUCAAAAUCACCAACCGAAGUACCUCUUUUAAUUGCUGACGGUAUUAAAAAAACUAUUCAAAUAGCUGGUGUAACACAAUCGACAUCAUCAUCAUCAAAUAACAAUGGAAAUAUAUCUAAUAAUUCUUCAAAUACAAAUAUUAAUGACAUUUCAGUUGCAAUUGCAUCCGAUUCAGUUACACAGAAUUCUUAUAUUGAAGCAUUACGUACUAGCAUUCAAGAUCGAUUGAAAAAUGAUCAAAAUUAUGAUCCGAAAAAGUUUCCAAAUAGCUCAAAAUAUUUUUCAAAAUAAUUCGGUUAAUUUUAAAUUAUUUAAUUUUUUUUUUUAAUUUUUCUUUUUUUUUUAACUAAAAUUAUUUAAAAAAAAAAUAACAUAAUUUUAUAAAUAUGCAUAAAAUCAUAACUAUAAACAUAUUCACAAUAAUAAAAAAAAUUUUAAUUAGUAAAUAUAUAAAUUAUUAAUUAAAAAGAAAAAAAAGAAGUGGACAUUCUA